AUGACCAUUGCAUGGACUUGGGGAGAUCGAAAUCACGAUAACACCGCUGACAAACUAGUGUUCAGUCCUACGCCGACCACUCCACCAGUGAGGUGCAGCCCACACAAUAACAUCCUUUUCUUAAAAACCCACAAGACAGGUUCGAGUACCAUAGCAAAUAUUUUCUAUCGUUACGGAGACUUAAAAAAUCUUACGUUUGCUCUUCCGGGUGCUACAUUACUAGGAUGGCCCAAUAGAUUCCAAGUCUACUUUCCUUUUCGUUUGCAAGACAAAACACCGGACAUCCUGUGCAAUCACGCUAGAUUUAACAAAAUACCCAUGAACUGGCUUUUUCCCAAAGCAACCUGCAAGUACGUUACCAUUCUUCGGAAUCCCGUGGAUAAUUUUGAGUCAGCGUUCAGAUACAUGAACAUGGGACGACGCAUAGGUAUAGGAAAUGAUCCUGAAUCCUUGAAAAAGUUCCUGACACAUGGAAUUUCAUUCACUAAAAUGCGUCAAAAAGCGGAGCCUCUCAUCAGAAAUCCCCUCAUGUUUGACUUGGGACUGAGUUUUAAGCAUUACCAGAACAUCACAGCUGUAAAUGAGUAUAUUAGAUUCCUGGAAAAAGAGUUUGACCUGGUUAUGAUCAUGGAAUACUUUGAUGAAUCUUUGGUGUUGAUGAAACGACUGCUUUGCUGGGAAAUUGAAGACAUUUUGUAUUUGAAACUCAAUGAAAGACAAGACGAGGAAAAGGGGACAACACUGACAGCGGAUGUGAGAGAAAAUAUCAAAAGAUGGAACAAAGCCGAUGUGCUGUUGUUUGAAUAUUUUAAUCAGUCUCUCUGGUUUAAGAUUGAAAGCGAAGGGGAGAACUUCUACGAGGAACUGGCCACUUUUCGUAAACGAAGACGUGAAUUACAAAACGCGUGUGUAGAAAAUGAAACGCGUUUGGAAACAGUAUAUAAUGGAAAGAAAGUGAAAAGUUAUUCUCUUAGAAAAGGACUGUCGAAAGAAUUGAAGACUUUGUGCGAAAAACUAACAAGAGCUUCUAACACCUAUCUAAGAUACCUAAGAAAGAAACACGAGGAGAAACUAGCCAACGAACUCGACGAGGACGAGGAGAGCUGGAACCUAUCAACAGAUCUAGUUUAUAAUCCCGUUUAA